AUGAACACAAAGUUUAUGCGGCAGGGACGUUCUGGUACAGGCGUCUUGUUACAUGUACGUGCAAUAAUAAUUGUUAGAGGUUUUCGUGUAAAAGCUGGAUUAAAACUCUAUUGGCCGUUGAAAAUUAAAGAAACUCUUAAGCAUCAAUUGAAAGAAGCGUACGAACUGCCACAAGAGUUGGUACCGAUUUUCAAAUCGGAAGAGUGCACUUCAAAAAAUGCGCUGGCGGCAAAGUUAGACGGUUCUAAAAUGCGAAAAAAAUGCAGUUUACUCAUGACAUGGGCACGUGCUUUCAAAUUAAGUAAAAAUGAGCAAAAUCCGUUGCUAGCUGAGAAACAUCAGUUAGACAUUUCUGUCGCUGAAUAUCGUUCUCGACAAUUCUUAAAUGACUGUACUCCUGUGUCGCGCCGGAAUUUCGCCGACGCUGGCCGCGUUGUUUGCUAUUCUGCACCUCAACCGCUGAUGACAUCAACGCCGAAAACGACACGAAGACCGUCGCUUAAGAGUCUUCACGAGUUGGAAGAUCGUUUUUCUAAAGUGGGAAGUUCUGAUCAUGAUGCCUUUGAUGAAAAAGUGAAAAGUCGAAAAGAGUCAUGUAAGCGCGCCCUGACAUACGGUGAUGAGUCUUUAAAGCAUAUUUUGGGAAAGAGUGAUGGUUCUAGUAAUGAAGAAAGUGAUCGUCUUAUGGUUGGUCACGCCACUAAAGAUAACGAUGAGGAAGCGAGUAAAUCGAAAGUGAAUGCUGCCUUGCCGAAUAGCCCUGUUGCGACAUCGGAGUUGCAAAAUAACGAACUGGUGGCGGAGGAAGAAGUGCCAUUUUCUGUUGAUCCGGUUGAAGGGCGGGACGUUGAAAGUUUGUCAGAAUGGUAG